AACAUCUCGUUGCGAAUACAUCUAUUAUAGAAGUUACGCUAUAAUUUUAAAAAAUCGUAUACCUGUUACAUAAAGGAAAGAAUUGAUCUACAAAAAAAAUAAAAAGAAUUUUAAAAUCUCCAUAAAUUUUAAGCCUCUAUAGCAGCAGAGCAUACAUUAACCACAUAUAUAGAAAAGAUACGCUUCAACAAUGUUCACGUACCAACUGCUAUAUUUGAAUACACCAAACAAGAUAACGAGUCUUUUUCGUGGUUUUAUUUUAAGUACCGUGAUCAGUUUACUGCAAUCUCACGAACAACCACCGCCAAAUUGGUAUCACAGACUUUACGGUAACAAUAUGAACGUAUUAAAAUUGAUCAAUACAAUUAAUCUGGUGAGUAACAAAACAUUAAAUUUCUUGGAGCAAAGUCAACAUUUUCGAAGUCAAGAAGUAUCGGAUAUGACACCACAAUACAAUGAGACAUUCGAUUUCAUAGUAAUUGGUGCCGGCACGGCCGGCGCUACAAUAGCGGCAAGGCUAAGCGAAAUUCCUGAAGUCAAAAUAUUGCUGAUUGAAGCUGGAUUUCACGAAAGCUUUUUCAUGGACAUUCCUAUGAUCGCACCAAUCCUAUCUUUGGACAGUAACAUCAAUUGGAAGUACAAAACUAGGCCUUCCAACAAAUACUGUCUUGGUAUGAAAGAUAACAGUUGCACUUACCCAGCGGGAAAAGUAAUCGGCGGCAGUAGCGUGCUGAAUUACAUGAUAGCUACUAGAGGCAAUGCUGAAGAUUAUAAUCGUUGGGCCGAGAUGGGAAACGAGGGCUGGGCAUACAAGGACGUUCUCAAAUAUUUUAAAAAGCUGGAAACAAUGGAUAUUCCGGAGCUGAAGUCGGAUAUUGACUAUCAUGGUACUAAUGGACCAGUACAUAUCAAUUAUUCGCCAUCUAAUCCGUUGGCAGAGGCUUUUGUAGAAGCUGGCAAGGAACUAGGAUAUUCAUUAAUAGAUUACAACGGAAAAAAUCAAAUAGGAUUCUCAUAUCCACAAUACACAAUCAUGAACGGUACUCGUAUGAGUAGCAAUAGGGCGUACUUGCACCCAAUACGCGAUCGCAAGAAUCUUCAUACAACUCUUGAAAGCACAGUUACAAAAGUGCUGAUCGAUUCUAGCAUAAAUCGUUCAGUCGGCGUGGAGUUUACUAAAAAAGAUCAAACUAUCCGUGUGUUUGCAAGUAAAGAGGUUAUUCUGUGUGCAGGUGCGAUCAAGUCGCCUCAAUUGUUGAUGUUAUCAGGCAUUGGACCAGCAAAACAUCUUACCGAACUCGGCAUAGACGUCAUCCGAAACGCACCAGUCGGUAAAAACCUAAUGGACCAUGCAGCUUUCUAUGGAUUAACAUGGACAUCAAAUGCAUCAAUGAAUUCACAAUUUUUCGAAUUAUUCAAUUUUAUGAAUCCACAUGUAACGGAUCGUCUUAUACCGUUAACAAGUAGACCCGGAGGCAUUGGUUUUAUCAACACAAAACAAUCAGAAAAACGUAAUGUACCAGAUAUCGAAUUAGUAUUUGCUAGUGGUCCACUGGUAGAAGAUUUAAUUCUUGCAAGAUUAUUAAAUUAUAAAGACCCAUUACGUCAAGAAUGGAAAUAUAGUGACGGGCAUGACUGGUUCCUUGGACCAAUAUUAUUAAAACCAAAAAGCCGUGGUCAGAUAAUGUUAUUAGCUAAUGACAUUAAUGUUAAGCCAGAUAUUGUACCAAAUUAUUUCGAUAAUCCUGAUGACGUCAAAACUAUGAUCGCAGGUAUUAGAACUGCAUUAAGUAUUGGUCGUACAAAGGCGAUGCAGGCAUUUGAUUCUAAGUUGUCAAAUAUUACUUAUAUUGAAUGCAAUGACUAUGAAUAUGACUCUGAUGCUUAUUGGGAAUGCACGUCAAAGAUCGUGACUUCCACGCUUUUUCAUUAUGCUGGAACUUGCAAAAUGGGAGCAAAAGAAGAUCCAACUGCUGUCGUCGAUCCUAAAUUAAAGGUGAUUGGUAUUCAAGGAUUACGAGUGGCAGAUGCGUCUAUUAUGCCCGAAAUUAUAUCGGGGCACUUAAGUAUACCUGUUUAUAUGAUCGCUGAAAAAGCUGCGGAUAUGAUCAAAGAAGAAUGGGGAUAUUUGAAGAAAUGACGCUAGAUAUCUUUUGCAAAGUCAUUGCAUUUUGCAGUUCCUAUUUUCACGUUAUUUAGACUCAGUCCCACCAAUGUAAAAUUAAUUUUAAUCUCGAUUCAACUAAGAAUUAGAAAAAAAUAAACAGUAUGACUGAAACUGAAAUUAAAGGCUGGUAUUCAUAAUGGAUUCUUACAUUUAAGAUCGUCUUAAAUGUAGUUUUAAAAUGUCAUAAGCCAAUCAUAAAACAGUAUCAUCUUAAGAUAUUACUUAAAAUGGUCUUAAAAUAAGA